AUGAUUUGGGAUUCGAUGAGCCAUCACCCGACAAACCAAAGCAUCACCCGAGAAACUCAUACUGACCCGUCUCUAAAGCUCGAGUCUAUGAAUGCUGUCUUCCACAUAAGCUUCAAGGCCAACAGUUGCGACUACAAAUCGAGGAUCAAAGUUGGUGGUAAACCUGGUGCACUCUGUUACAAUCAGAACAAGAUCACUGUCACUUCUGAUGGUUUAUGUCGUUUAGCUAUCCACCUCAACUAUAUCUAUGAUCUUGUAUUUGUCUUCUAUCCUAUCAAAGUUGGUGGUAAAGCUGGUGCACUCGAUUUGUUACAGGCUCACCGAUUUGUUUGA